UUUUUUUUUCGCCCUAACUUCGCAGAUGUAUUUUAACAAAUUCGACAGGUGAAUGUUUUAAAGCCCGAAAUCAAUCAUUACUAUUGAAUUAGUUGAUUUUUGCUGCGGAAACAAAUCAAAUCUGUGUGAAUAGUUUGACGCUGUAGACCUUCGACGAAGCUGGAAUGUCUAAGAUCCAGAAAGCUGUGGUAGAUUAUUCACUGUGUCACAACACUCACUGUUAUUCAACUUCUGCUAGAGACUAGAAGACAUGUGACUGGAGGUGAUGGUGCAACGAUGUGUUUUGAAUAAGUUGUGUGACUUUAUUGUCUAUCUGCCAACACGUCUGUCCACUGUAUUGGUCCUGACGCUCGAUAACUUUUCUGAAGUUACACAACUGUACAACAUCUGCAGGACAGGCUGAGGGGCUUGUCUCAGCCUGUUGUGAACUCUGAUAAAAACAGAAAUGUCCUUUAAAAGGAGGAGUGUUCUGAGUGUCAGCUUCAGGUACAUUCAGUUCCAGAGCUAGAAACUCAUCCAGACCCCAUCGUGGUCACACUGGGCCUCUGGUUCUCUGAGGCUGCAGCACCAUCUAGAGGCCAAGGUGGGCAACGUCACUGUUUGGACGGCUUAAUACUAUUCAACAUGGCCGCUCCCAUGCGGACGUGUUGUUGUUGGUUCCUGUUUGUGUGAAGAAGCAGAAAAACCAUGAGGGAAUUCAGACGCCAUGGAAGUCAAAGGAGUGGUUCACUGUGCGCUGCAGAUCGAGAAACUGACCUCGGACAGAAGCUACGGGAACAUCUGGAUCCUCCUCGGUGACCUCGAGGAGUCGCAGGUCACCGCCGAGCAGCUGGAGGUCACAGACAUCGUCAGGGUUCUCUACAGGCUGCUGAGGACCUGCUCGGACAACCGCGUGAGGAGGAAGGUCAAGAGCCUGUUGUCCAAGUGGAAGAGGCAAUACAGCAAAGUGAAAUGUGGAGGGGAGAGCGAGGAGGAUGGAGGGGGGUCCAGGGAGGAGGAGGAUGGAGGGGGGUCCAGGCAGGAGGAGGAACCCCCCUGUGGACCAGCACAGGCAGGUGACGGUGGAGGGAGUGUGAAGGCUGAGGAAGAGCAAGAAGAGUCAACCACAGUGGAACAACACAACCUCCAGACUCCCACUUCCUCUUCAUCAUCAUCAGUGAGAGAGAAAUGUGCUCAGCUGCUCCUCGCCGCCCUCCACCCCGAGCCUCCGGAUCAGGACCAGGCCUCACGGCUGGCCGGAGACAUCGAGCGUCACGUCCACGAGCUCCACAGACACAGCGAGGUCAAAUACAAAACCUGCGUGAGGAGCAAGGUAGCCAACCUGAGGAAUCCUAAGAACAGCCACCUACGCCGGGGCCUCCUGAGCGGCUCCCUGACGCCCGAGGCCUUCGCCCGCAUGUCGGCGAAGGAGAUGGCGAGCGAGGAGCUGCGGCAGCUCAGGGAGGAGUACUCGUCUCGGGGUGUGAGCGAGAGGCAGCUGCCUCAGGGGGUGGAGGGGACGCAGACGCAGAAGAUCCGCUGCAAACGGUGCGGGGGGUCGGCCUGCAGUGUGACGCAGGUGUCCAGGGGCGCCCUGUUCCUGCCUGCGUGGGUGAGGCGUGGCGGCGCCGACGAGGAUGCGAUGACCUUUGUGACCUGCAGUGCGUGUGGGCAGCAGUGGUACCACAGCGGCUGGGUCUGUCUCUGAAUCCAAGUCACGAUGUUUGGAUCCACGAAGGAGGCUGAGUUUCAUCUCCUGAUGUUUGUUAGGAUGAUUACACAAAUACUACUGAACUGAUAAAUCAUCAUCUUGCUUAAAACAAGUAUUUUCUUUUUCACUUUGAAACACAAGUUGUGAAGCAUCCUUGCGUGAUGCAGCAUAUAGAAAAAAAUUUUUUUGUAUUUCUUUGCACGGCAGAAACGGUGAAAACCUUCAACUGGAGGUGUAAGAGCCAAGUCGGUGUUUAUUGGAGCCGCAGAUUUGAAACCACAACUUUUCACAAGGCAGAUCUCGUCCUCUUCUUCUUCUUCUUCUUCUUCUUCUACUUCUUCUUCUUUUUCUUCUUCUUCUUCUUCUUCUUCUUCUUCUCGCUGAAUCAUUUCCUGUUUCCUCCACUCGCUCUAUUUGUCCGUCAGCGUGUCUCAUUUACUUCUCCUGUCUUCCACAUGUCACCUUUCUCCCUCGCUAAUGCCAGCGUUCAUUGAUCUGUGGGAGAAAGAACAGGAUCCUGUUGCACUGAUGUGUAAGCCACUCUAGCUGUGCAUGCUGGGUAAAUUCUUCUGCCGACAAUAUCCUAUUCAUUUGGAGAAAACUGGAUUGUGCGGAUGAGCCAUGUGACCGUAGAGAAGGAGCAUGUGAGUCAGUAAUCUGCCCCUCUGAGCCACGGCCUCGGGGGUUUGAUACCCGUGGUCCUGCUGUGUGUGGAGGCAGUCGACGUGGCGCUGAGCCUCGCUGACACGUCAGUGUGACAUCACAGCGAUGGGCCCUGUGAGGCCGAGGCCCUGGAGUUUCAGAAAAUGUCUCUUUUUGUUAACAGUAGUGAAC